AUGGAGUUUGCUGUGGAAAUGAGGAGUCCAUGCUGUACUGGCAAAGUUAAAAAAGCCUUGGAAGGAGUUAAAGGAAUUAGAUCUAUCGAUGUAGAUCUAGCUACACAGAGACUAGUCAUUGAAGGUGAUGUUUUAGCAGACACUGUCAGCGGUACAAUAGAACAACAGACUGGCAUGGCAGCGGUGCUUCUUGGACAUGGUUCAGCUGCACAAAACCUUGGUGCAGGUGUUGCAGCUAUCAGCAUAGGAAACUCAGGUGUAAAAGGUUUGCUGCGGUUUGUUCAAGUGGAUGCAGGCACCUGUUUUGUGGAGGGGAGUAUUGAUAAACUGCCCAGUUCACAACCUGUGUUUCUGACAGUCCAUGAAACUGGCGACGUGUCUGAUGGAUGCAAUAGCUGUGGACCGCUUUACAAGUCUGAGGGCGAUAGCAAUAAUACAUUCAGUGGGUUUAUCAAAGAAUUGACUCCAGACAUGGACAAGAGGGCAGAGUUCCGGGCAGCCUUAUCGAAUGUGAGACUGUCUGACAUCAUUGGUCACUGUGUUGUGGUACAUCAGGGAAAUCAUCAAGAUGUCGAGCAAGGCCAAAGUGAAAGACUGGCAUGUGGAAUAGUGGCAAGAGCUUCAGGGUUGUUCCAGAAUUCCAAACGUUUCUGUGCUUGCGAUGGAGUGACUAUCUGGGAGCAACGACAUAAGGACAUUGAAAGUGGCAAGCUUUAA